GCGGCGCCAUGUUUGGCACCGGCUCCAGGAGACGAACACGUUGCGGAGGAGGAGAAGUUUCGCUGCGGGUCGAUUCUCUGCGGACGAAGCUUCUGGUCUGAUUCCCUCGAGCACGCGAACCGGAGCCAAACAGCGCUCCUCGUGCCGGGGCCCAGUCUCCACCAUGGCAGAUAAAAACACCAGGAUCGCCAUCGUCAGCCACGACAAGUGUAAACCCAAGAAAUGCCGUCAGGAGUGCAAGAAGAGCUGCCCCGUGGUGCGGAUGGGGAAGCUGUGCAUCGAGGUGACGCCGCAGAGUAAGAUCGUGUGGAUCUCUGAGUCUCUGUGUAUAGGCUGUGGAAUCUGCAUCAAGAAAUGUCCGUUUGGAGCGUUGUCGAUCGUGAACCUGCCCAGUAACCUGAAGAAGGAAACCACUCACAGAUACUGCGCCAACUCCUUCAAACUGCACCGGCUGCCUAUCCCCAGACCUGGUGAGGUUCUGGGUCUUGUGGGGACCAACGGUAUCGGGAAGUCCACAGCUCUGAAGAUUCUGGCUGGAAAACAGAAACCCAACCUGGGGAAGUACGACAAUCCUCCCGACUGGCAGGAGAUCCUGACGUACUUCAGAGGAUCCGAGCUCCAGAACUACUUCACCAAAAUCCUGGAGGACGACCUGCGGGCCAUCGUGAAGCCGCAGUACGUGGACCAGAUCCCGAAGACCGUGAAGGGGUCAGUAGGAGCCAUCCUGAGCAGGAAAGACGACACAGACACACAAAGCAUCGUCUGUGAUCAGCUAGACCUGACUCACCUGCGGGAGAGGAACGUGGAGGAUCUGUCGGGCGGCGAGCUGCAGAGGUUCGCCUGCGCAGUCGUCUGCAUCCAGAGGGCCGACAUCUUCAUGUUUGACGAGCCGUCCAGCUACCUGGAUGUGAAGCAGAGGCUGAAGGCCGCCAUCACCAUCCGCUCCCUCAUCACCCCCGACAGGUACAUCAUCGUGGUGGAACAUGACCUCAGUGUGUUGGACUACCUGUCCGACUUCAUCUGCUGCUUGUACGGAGUCCCCAGCGCCUACGGUGUGGUCACCAUGCCCUUCAGUGUGCGAGAGGGUAUCAACAUCUUCUUGGACGGUUACGUUCCCACAGAGAACCUCAGGUUUCGUGAAACCUCAUUGGUUUUCAAAGUGGCUGAGACGGCCAAUGAGGAGGAGGUGAAGCGACUCCGGCACUACCAGUAUCCAGACAUGUUCAAGAAGAUGGGCGAGUUCGAGCUGGAUAUUAAAGGAGGAGAGUUCACGGACUCUGAGAUCAUGGUGAUGCUGGGAGAGAACGGCACAGGGAAGACGACCUUCAUCAGGAUGUUGGCUGGAGGACUCAAACCUGACGAGGGAGGUGAUGUUCCCACCCUCCUCGUCAGCUACAAGCCUCAAACCAUCAGCCCCAAGUUUAAGGGCAGUGUGCGAGCUCUGCUGCAUGAGAAGAUCCGAGACGCCUACACUCACCCUCAGUUCAUCACAGACGUGAUGAAGCCGCUUCAGAUCGAGAGCAUCAUCGAUCAGGACGUGCAGAUCCUGUCUGGUGGCGAGCUGCAGCGAGUCGCUCUCACUCUGUGUUUGGGGAAACCAGCUGAUGUUUAUCUGAUCGAUGAACCGUCGGCCUACCUGGACUCUGAGCAGAGGCUGAUGGCCGCCAGGGUCAUCAAGAGGUACAUCCUCCACGCCAAGAAGACUGCCUUCGUGGUGGAGCACGACUUCAUCAUGGCGACCUACCUGGCCGACAGAGUCAUCGUGUUCGACGGGAUUCCCUCCAGGCAGACCGCCGCCAACACGCCUCAGGGUCUGUUGGCAGGAAUGAACCGUUUCCUGGCGCUGCUGGAAAUCACGUUCAGACGAGACCCAAACAACUUCAGACCCCGGAUCAACAAACUCAACUCCAUCAAGGACACUGAACAGAAGAAGAGCGGAAACUAUUUCUUCCUUGACGACUGAGACCACUUCCUGUGGCGCCCCAGCACCACUUCCUGUGGCGCCCCAGCACCACUUCCUGUGGCGCCCUUCAUUCAGACUGUGUUCAAAUGAUAAACAACUUUAUUCCACCACA